AUGUCAGUAUACAGUUUGAUGUUCGACAAUGAAUUCAUCUCUGCAGAUGCUGGCGGAGAUAUUGUGGUGUACUUUUACGAGGGUGAAUAUGCGGAUGAUUUUAAUAUGUUUGGAGCAACUAAUUGCUGGUCUGAUGAUAACUGGGGCUCUUCGACAUCAGUUGGCCCUACGUCAAGCGACUUAUUCAGAGCACUAGAAGUGUUCGGCACCACGAUUGCGGGCUACAAAUUCAUAGAGUUGUGUGAUGAGCUCAGUGCACUAGCGAAAGGAGGGUUAUCUGUUCUUGUCAAUCGUCUUGGCCACUGCAUAAUUCAUGGACUUGGUCAUUCAUCUACGCACAAUGUGAGGAUCCACGAUCGAUUCGGUUGGUCCAAAUACGGCGUGAAAUUGCCUCAUCAAGACGCAAUCGUCGUCGGAUCUGAUGGGCUUAGGAGGAGCUUGGAGGAGAGGAACGUGGAGCUGGAGGCAUGCAAGAAGGAACUGGAGGCGAAGAGCGCGGAACUGAAGGAAUGUAAGGAAGAGUUGGAUCGUAGCAAGGAGGAGAGGGACGUGGAGUUGACGGCACACAAGAAGGAAUUGAAGGCAUGGAAGAAGGAAGCGGAGGAGAAGAGCGUGGAAUUGGCGGCUUGCAGGAAGGAAUUGGAAUGGAGCAGGAAGAAUGAGUUGCUGUGGAGCAAGUUAGUGGAAGAGAAGGAGAAGGUGAAUGAGAUGAUGCAGAACAAUCAGAUUCUUGCUUUCCAGGCUGCAGAUAAUUAA